AUGUAUGCGUGCUCUUCGGCAGCCUUCACCCAGAGCCGCUUCAAGCUCACUCCCGAAUCGCUUUCGGGUUGCCAUGCGGAAGAGGCCUUUCUUACGGAGCCUUCAGAGCUUCAGAAAGAUGUCGAGACGGAGGCCUCGGAUAGAAACAUUACUGCAGCCACUUAUCAAGAGUCACGACUUCAUAUCGACGAAAACAACGAUGGAUUCUAUUGCUUGGGCUGUGGCAUUCGCCGAUCUGACGAGCAACAUAAGAUUCGCAAGUUUCGAGCUGGAGACCCGGCUUGGCGCAACUUUUGCAAGCCAUGCCACCAGAAGCACUUAACCAGCAGCGAUGGCAAGACGGUGAAGGCAUAUGGUAACUUUUGCUUCGGCUGUGGGUUUGCCCGCUCGUCUCACUUCAACAGGGAGAAUCCUAUCAAGCCCAGCAAAAAGCCGACCAAGAACUUUUGUGCUCAUUGCAUGAAACGUCUUUCCAAGAGAGCAGUCAUUCCGACAGAGACCUUGCUCGGUAGCUCUUCCGAUGAGAGUGACACAGAAUCGGAUUUGCACGAGUUUGACGCAGAUCAACAUGGUGAACAGAACCCAGAUCAUGCCAGUCGUCUUCGCACCGCGCCCCAGCAAAAGAAGGCAGAGCCGAAGAGACAUACCACAUACUGUUUUGUUGAGUGCAACGAAUCUGGAAACGAGUCGGAUGAGCUUUCUCCAUCAGAGUCUGUUCAAAAGCGACUGAGAAAGCGCCGUUCUGCUCGAGCAAGCGAUGCGGUGCCUCUGGGAGAGGUUCAGCCCAAGUCUCAGUGCUCUACGGCCCGUCAUAAUGAUGAUCUUGCGAACGUCGUCGCGGCGAGCACUGGCCAUAAAGCUCCUUCGGUUGAGGACGUACCUGAUACUGAAACGAAUUCACGACCCGAAGACGACACGCCUGCCGACUCUUGCAGCUCGCCGGCCUCAAACCGUUCCAACUCUCUCAAGGCCGCGCCUGCUACACCAGUUCAAACGAUAUCACAUACUAUAGCCAGCGAAGAUUCUCUUAAUACCGGCCCGCUCCUGGACUCGGGAACCGGUUCCCCUUCCAAGCGAGCAAGAUUCAGCGAGCGUGUCGAGGUCCGCACAUCUCCGACUUUCUGGCAGCGAGAGCAUCCCGAGGGUGAUAACCCAUAUGCGCAGUUCCAAUACGAGCAAUACAAUGAUGAUCUCCGUGAUGGAAAGAAGGCUGUUCCCCUCAAAGAUCCACUGAGAGACCCUGAUGGCAGGACUGCAGGAAGGCUCUAUGUGCCCUUGUGCAGCAUCGACGACCAUAGCUUCAACUCUUGGAGCAACGAGGGUGCGGCAGGAUGGGACGACUUUGCUGCAAGAUUCACAUCCAACUCAACCAAGGUCUCUGGAAACAACCCGCUUCAUUCCAGCACUUUGUAUACCUCCGGAGGAAACCUGCCGCGGGACUGUUCCACCAGCGAUGGUGAUCAACAUCGCCUCACCGGAGAUCGAUCGAAUCCAAACAAUCGACACAAGCAGCCGCAAAGCUCCGGCGAUUUCUGCUACGGCCAAGGCAAAGAGAAUCAGCCAUGCCCGCCUAGUCCUAUCGCGCCAGCUGGCUGGGGUUCGCUGCACGAUUUCUUUGAUGACAACCACAAUUUCGAGAACCAUCACGCCUCGGACUGGUCAUCCCGCCGCGAUGCUCGUCGCACUGAGCGAAACCAUGGCCCAUGUGCUAAUCAAAACGGUUCCUUCCGCAAUACGCAAGAUUCAUAUCCAAGUUGGGAUCACCAGGCAGACGGUGCACAUAAUCAUUUCGAUUCCUUCAGCGGCCAUCCUGACGACUACGAUUCUUUCGGAAGAUUCGGCUUCAAUUCAUCAUAUGAUUCAAAUGAUCAUGGGCGAUAUUCUGGAGAGGAUGGCUUUCAUCACGGCAACUACGGUUCUGCUUCCGCUCAUCAGCAAUACCACCGGGGCUACCAAUCAACUCCACCGAAGAAGAAGCAACAUGGCUUUGAUUUUGGUGCUUCUGACACCCAAGAGAACCUUCACACUCGCUCCUCCUACAACUUCUCUGGUCAUACGACUAACCAAGACACGACGACCAGGAACGGUGCUUCGUGUGGUACCGAAAUCCCGUUCGAGUCAUCAACCGCGAACAACGACGCCCUUCAAGAGCCCAAGCUUCCUCCUAUCGGCAUUGUCAUGGAGAUUCCGGAUGACAUGUCCGACAGUGAUGUCCACACCCUUCUCAUCCCUGGCUGCGACGACUAUGUUCCCAUGGCGUACUGA